AUGAAGUACGCCAAACUCCAGAGCGUCCUGUUCUUGCACGCCGUGGCCGCACACUGCACCCCGCGCGCCUAUGAUAGUGCCAACGACGUGACAUACAAGGGCCUCGUGCGGAAUGGGAUCGAAGUCUUCCUCAAUAUCCCCUACGGCCAGGACACCGGAGGCGCGAAUCGCUUCAAACCGCCGCGCCCGCACGUCCCCGUCGCCGGCAGCACCGUCAAGGCCCAAUCGUACGGCCCUUCGUGCCCGCAGCCCCUCGGAGCAAUCAACGCACCGCUUGCGCUGACCCCAAUCGUCGACGUUUCCGAGGAUUGCUUGAACCUCAAUAUUGCACGUCCGGAUGGGACGGAGGAGGGAGAUGAACUGCCUGUCAUUGUGUGGAUCCACGGUGGUGGCUUCUGGACGGGAAGCAAUAGCGAGAUCACGACGGCGCCGGAUGGGAUGGUCCAGCAGUCUGUCGAAAAUGGGAACCCCAUCAUCCACGUCGCGGUAAAUUACCGUCUCGGCUUUUUCGGGUUUGCACAGUCGGAUGCUUUACUAUCUGAAGGCUCGACGAAUGCCGGAAUGAGAGACCAGCGGCUCGCGCUCGAGUGGGUACGAGACAACAUUGAAUACUUUGGCGGCGAUCCCAACCGAGUCACCAUCUUCGGGCAGUCGUCAGGCGGCCUCGCUGUGGGCUUGCACCUCCUCGCCUACGGUGGCGAUAAACCCGUCCCCUUCCAGCGCGCCAUCGCCCAGAGCCAGUGUCUGGAGCCGGGCCUCACGGGCACCUUCACCAUCGACGCCAUGCAGGCCCUCGUAGACCAUAUUGGCUGCAACGAGGCCGACCUGCACUCCGACGAGACGGUAGAGUGCCUGCGCGCCUUUGACACCGAGAACCUCCUCAACGCGUCCAUCGCCACCAAGUUUGACGACCUCGCGCACAAUAUCGGCGAUAUCUGGCUCCCCUCCGUGGACGGGGAUUUCCUCCCCGCCGCGCCGUCGGAGCUGAUCCGUGACGGACGCCUCGCCAUCGUCCCCACCAUGUUUGGCUGGACGGAUAAAGACCUCAACAUCUACGUCAGCACGGAUGUCAAGACUGCCGAACAGACGCAUGAGCUCAUCUCAGCAUACCUCCCCGGCGUGACGAGCGACAAUAUCGAUACUCUUCUCUCACUGUACCCUGUCUCCGAUUUCGAAGCGGGAUCCAGCGAGGAUCUCGUGCCCGAAUUCCACCGCUCGGCGCGCAUCGUGAGGGACAUCAUCAUGUCCUGCGAACCGCUAUUCUACGCCCAGCAACUUCGCAAGCACGGAAACAAGGACCUCUACGUGUACGACUGGAACCAGACCGUCUUUGACCCCUUGCUCGAGCAUUUCGGCCUACCGGCAGGUAUGGGCCCGGACGAGGCGUUGCUGAGGCGCGGCUCGAGGACUUGGUCCACUUUUGCGACGUACGGCAAGCCUAGCCUCGAGGGCCACGAGACGUUUGAGGGUGUUGUGGGUCAACUUCAAGAUGAGCUAGAGAUCUAUGAACGCUUCCGCUUCCUUCAGACUGACGGAAUUGUGGACUGUGGCGCACAGUGGAGUAGAUGGGUACAAGAUCUAAACGUUGCUAAAUUUACUAUCUUUGCGUAG